UCGAGUCUAAAUUGCUACAUAUUUCGCUGCAUAACACUAGUUAUAAUAUUUAUUAUUUGAUCUUAUAUUGUAAAAAUGUGUGUGGUCUGGGGAAAAAUUAAAUGUGAGCUGAUUUUCGAAAUAAGUUUUGUCUGUUUGCCUCAUUGACCUCAUUGCCGCCACGGGAGAAAGGUCAUGGUCCUGAGCUCUAUGGAAAGGUGUGGUUGAAGGGUCACCGAGCCUGACAUCUCGUCACAAUUAUGCAUGAAGCAUACAGUUGCUUGGGCCACAGGUAUUCUUGUUGCGGACAUGGCGACUUUGCUGAGAAAAGGACAGCAAUGUUGGUAUGGAUUCCGAGGGCUGGCGUCUUUCCAUAGACAGGGCGUCACAGCAGUCACCGACCUCCCUGACAAGGACGCAGAGACGGGACUGCAAGAAAAUACAAAAACCGCACCAACUGCUGCGCUGGAUAAAAGUCAGUUCAACGUCCGAGUGGUCACCAAACACAUCGAGGUUCAGUCUACAGCUGACCGCACCCCUCUGACAGACGACAGGCCGCUCGUGCUGCUCUUCGCAUGGCUGUACGCCAGCAGGAAAGUGUUGAACAAGCAUCGCGCCUUGUACCACCGGCGGGGCUACGACGUUCUGACGGUGAAGGGGGACCCUCGGUACACCUUCUCACCGAGAGGGUUUGGAAAGAAGAUCGCCGUAGACGCUCUGAAGUUCCUGAAGGCAGAGGCCAAUCCGAAUCAACCGUAUAUCGUUCACAGCGUGUCCGUCGGGUUCGCUCCGUACACCUUUAUGCUGGAGUACGCGCGAGAAAAUACAGAAUAUGGCGCGUUUCCGGAUAGAGUUGUGAGUCAUGUGUUCGACGGUGUGAUCGGGGACACAAAGAGAUCGGCAAUCGGAGUCGGGAAGUCCAUCAAAAAUCCUGUGGGGAAACUCCUAUACACUGCCGGGGUGUGGAGCUACUUCACUUACAUACCAGGAGUGCAGAAAUCACACGAUUUCUACCGCUCAUAUUGGGAAACAAACCUCCCAAAGUCGCCGAUUCUGCUGUACGGUUGCCAUAAUGAUCCGAUGUCCACCAAAGAGUACAAUGAGCACUGCGUCGAGGGUUGGCGGCGGCAGGGCCACGACGUCCGGCUGCAGUUCUGGGAAGACUCCGCCCACUCCAACCACAUGAGGCUGCACAGAGACGAGUACGUCCGCGCCUUAGACAACUACCUGGAUACUUUAGAACUGUGAAUUUGGUAAGAGAAUAAUUUCAUCAGGUUGGAAAAUACCCGGAUAACAGGGUUCUUUAGAUUGAAUCACAAUGAAGAUGUACACAGUCACAGUCAGCGUUUGAAAUAAGAAACGAGACUGCUCAAAGACGAACACGUCAAUGCCUUGAAUAACUGCAUACAGUGUUUAACAAACCUACACACGGUGUAUGUGCGACUAUACUCAAACUUGUACUAAUAUUAAGGACCACCUGGUCAUUGUGGUCUUCAAGGUUACCAUGCCCAUUGACCAAAGAAUCGAUAUCCUGUAUCCAUCCACUUUGUGUAGCCGUCUUCUUUAAUACCCUUGAGUUGUCUAUGUAGUCAGGUUUGACUUUGUUGUGGCAAAUCCACUGUUAGUAUAAAACUAACUAUAGUGCAGCAAUUUGCUAGUUUAAUGGUUGACGAGGUCGAAGACUUAAAGAAAACUGAUUGACCGGUAACUAGUUAAAGCACUGCGAGACUACACUAACGGCUUUUAUCUCCAAGCAGAUCCUCGGCGAUGGACAGAUAAAUUUUAUUUACUGAGACAAUCUUCUUUGGUCAAGCAAGCACCGUUUGCCACCGUAUGGAACUUGCUUAGUCAAUGGAAAUUGUUUCGGUACAUAGAUACUGCCUGUCCGCCACCUAGGAUCUGCUUGAAGAUUACAACAACUUAACAAGACAGGGAAGGAACAAUACACUUAAUUGCAGAAGCGACACCUUGUGGUAUUUUUGCGCAUAUCAGACUUGUUGCACAAAUACUGUAUUGCUCCAGCCUUUUGAAGACAGCAUAUUGUUCUCAAACCUAGCAUGCUGUGCGAGUUUUUCACGUGAUACGUUGCGUUCAUGUGAUAAGGUUUGAAAACAUUGUUGAAUGUUGAUUCAAUCAGUCAAUUAAGUUCUGUGUAAGGUACCUUUAGGAUAUAGGUACCACCUUCAUAUGAUUGACCUGUACAUUCAACCAAUUUUGAACAAAGUUGCAUCAUUAUUUCGUAUUCGGUGUGUUUAUGAACUAUGUAAAAAUAACACCAUCACAAUUUCCACUUAAAAUGGACAAUUCAGUGUGGACAUUACACGUACUGUACUGUACUGUACUGUACUGUGCUGUACUAUAAUGUGCUGUACUUUACACGUAUGAGGUGCUUCCGGUUUUGAUAUUUCGUGUUCUGGACAAGCCACAAUCACGAUUUUUAGUUGGUAGACAGCUCCUGUUUUUGGCAAGAAGUGACACAAGUUUGCUCUGGCAGCUUGUUCAAUCUGAUUUACCGAGUUUAUAAUCACUGAGUUUAUCCAUCACACAUGUAGCAAACCUGUCAGACAAAGAACAGUAAAUAAACACUGCUUCCC